AUGUUGAAGGAAGAAAAUGGUGACACCAGCAACAAUUUGGCUCGUAUGUGUGACACGUGCCAAGCCGCACCGUGGACGGUGUACUGCCGGACAGACGCUGCCUAUUUGUGCAACGGCUGCGACGGCCGCAUCCAUUCCGCCAACCGGGUGGCUUCGCGGCACGAGCGCGUGUGGGUGUGUGGGGCCUGUGAAAGUGCUCCGGCUGCCUUUUUCUGCAAGGCUGAUGCCGCUUCCCUCUGCACCACCUGCGACGCUGACAUCCACUCGGCCAACCCUGUAGCUCGCCGCCACAAACGCGUGCCGAUUCCCGGCUCACUCUACGGUCCCUCUGCGGCUACCCCAGGUGCACUAAUAAUGUCUCCGACUGGGGACGCGAAUGAUGCAGACGACGAGUUCUUGACACCGGAGGAAGACGAAGCAGCUUCUUUGUUAUCUCUAAACCCUGUCAAGAAUAGUGAAAAUGAAGAGAACAAUGAUGGGCAGUUAUUAGGUGAAGCUGAUGAAUAUUUAGACCUUAAUGAGUACAAUUCAUGUCAAGAAAUUCAAUUCACUGAUGAUAAUGAUAAAAAAUUGUAUGGUGGCGAUAGUGUUGUGCCAGUUCAGUAUGGAUCAAAGGGUCAAAAAGAGGUUCAUAAAAAUAGUUUUCAGUCAGAUAUGGAGUAUGAGAUCUCCAAUGCUGGCAAUGGUUAUCACAGUGUUUCCAUUUCAUCCUUGGAUGUUGGAGUUGUACCAGAAUCAUCAGUCUCCCAGCAAAGACCCUUAAAAGGCACAAUUGAUCUUUUCCCAAGUCCACCUAUCCAAAUGCCAACACAACUUUCUGCCAUGGACCGAGAGGCCCGUGUCUUAAGAUACCGGGAGAAGAGGAAGAUGAGGAAGUUCCAGAAGACGAUUAGAUAUGCAACGAGGAAGGCUUAUGCAGAAACUCGACCCCGAAUCAAAGGUCGAUUUGCGAAAAGAACGGAUGUUGAUCAAAUGUUCUCUACAAGUUCAAUAGCAGAUAGUGCUGGAUAUGGAAUCAUACCCUCAUUUUGA